UCGGAUGACGAGAGAGGGUUUCGGACUGUUUUGUGGCGUUAAUUAACCGAAAAAAUUGCACAACCUGCUAACCUGAAUAUUUAUUAGUCGUAUUUAGAUAUUUUUGAGUUUUAGAUAUCUUAAUUUUAAUAAAUAUAUCACAAAAUUCCUAAAUUUACCUACUAUAACCUCUUAAUCUAGACUAUAAUAAUUGCUUCAUGUAAUUAUAGGUAGAAUGUUGAGAUUGCGAUAAAUGAAAGUAUUGUUUAUGUUGCUUGAAGUUCAUGGUGCGUUUGUGUUGUGAAUGUGUUCAAUCAAAAUAGUGUCAGUGAAAAAUGUGAAAUAUUCGAAAAAUGUGUAAAAUCCUGUGUCAAUCAAUUACAAAGUGUUUUUGUGGUGUGAAUCGGAUGUUUCGGUAGGAUUGCGAUGUCCAGAUUAGUGGACUACUUUGUCAUAGUGGGCUUCGACCACGAGAAAGAAAGAGGGGGAUUGAGCAACGGCGUCAUUCUACAAAGGUUCCCCGAAGUCAACUGGGACGACACUCCAUUCCACGACGGUAUAGAAUGGUUCUGUCAGCCGCAAGGGUGGGCGUUGUCCACGGAGCGUACGGAACCCCGUUUCUACGUCUCCGUGUUGACGGAUGUGGACGCCAACAGGCACUACUGCGCCUGUCUCUGCUUCAACGAGACAGUGGCCAUCACUCCCACCAAGCCCGCAGACGAGGACGAAGAAUCUCUAGAUUCAAAUCGGCCCGUCGCAAACAUCACACAUCACAGUAUAAUGUACGCUCCAAAGUGUAUGGUCAUAGUUUCAAGACAGGACUACAUCGACACAUUCCGGAACUGCCUCGGAAUUAUUUACACGGUGUGGGUUGAAAACCUGGGUGUACCUCUGGAGACGUUGGUCGGUAACCUGUUGGGAUGCGUGUCGGUGCCACCGGCUGGCGGUCCUCAGGUCCGAUUCAGUAUUGGUGCAGGGGACCGGCAGGCCUUGCAGCCUCCGGCCGCGCCCCCCAUGCCGGUCACUCACACCGCUGUGCAUAUGCUUCUGAGGUUGCUUGGUAUCCAUAAUUCUAUAACUCUCUGGUGCGCUGUGAUGAGUGAGCACAAAGUGCUACUGGUGUCUUUGGCUGCCGCUCGCUUGUCGGCGGCGUGUCGCGCACUCGCCGCUCUCAUGUUUCCAUUCCGAUACGCCCACGUUUAUAUCCCGUUGCUACCCACGGGCCUGGCGGAGGUGUUGGCGACGCCUACUCCAUUCCUCAUCGGCGUACAUGCUAGUUUGAAGGAGGAAGUUUCUGAGCUGCUCGACGUGAUAGUAGCGGACCUGGACGUCGGUUCCCUUCAUAUACCUGCAAGUGUGAACAUCCCUCGUCCGGAAGGCAAGCUCCUGUCGUCGCUGCAGGAGGCCCUUGCACUGGUGCUGCAACCCGAGCUCAAGUCAGCGGACUCAGCCUUCGCCCCCCCGCCGCCCUCAGCAUCACCACCACAUAUGUUAGAUAAGGAGAUCAGAGCGGUGUUCAUGCGCACCCUGGCUAAAUUGUUACAGGGUUACAGACAUUGUCUCACAAUCAUCCGUAUCCAUCCAUCUCCUGUGCUGACAUUCCACAAGGCUGGGUUCCUAGGAGCCCGCGGCUUGUCCCAGUGUCCCUUCGCCUCCCGUCUGCUGGACUCCAUGUUCUUCAACGGCCUGGUCGCUGAACGCGGCCCACCCUGGCGGCCCACAGACAUAUGGGACGAACUAGUGCAAAAUCUGCCGGAACAACUGAGGCUGGAGUCGUUGAACCCGGAGCUGGAGCUGCAGCACAUACAAGACUUGGCGAUGCAGUUACAUUUGAACGAAAAUCCAAAUCCACAGGCCCAGUCCACCCAGCCGUACGCUCAGCGUGUUCUCCGACCCCCUGAAGGGGCCUCGGCCCGCAUACAUCAGCCGCCUCUCCCGACUCUGGACCCGCGCGCGGUGCACGCCGUCAUGAGAGACCUCGCCGCAAGGAACACACCAUCUGUUAAGAUGUCAUCACUCCGUCUUCCAGCUCCAAGGAUUAUACCACCUGGAGCAUCUCCAACUGGUGCCGUGGAACACACGCAGCUUAUACUCACUAACUCUGCGAGGAGACUCGAGGUGUUGCGGUCGUGUAUAGCGGCUAUAUUCGAGUGUCGGUACGCGGACGCUAGGAAGUCUCUCCCGGGCGUGGUGCGCGCGCUGCGGGCUCCGGCGGCGAGGGCGGCGCUGGUGAGGGACCUGGCCGCGAGGCUACCCACCAACAAACAUCUGCUGCAGCAUCAUCAGUUCGAGCUGGUUGUCAGGUUAAUGAAUAGCGCUCUCCAAUCUGCGAGUGCUUUGGACGAACACUCCAUAGCGGCGGCCAUUUUGCCGCUGGCUACAGCAUACUGCCGCAAGCUGUGCACUGGUGUUAUACAAUACGCGUAUAUGUGUAUACAGGAACACCAAGUGUGGACCAGCCAGCAGUUCUGGGAGGCUGCGUUUUAUCAAGAUGUCCAAAGGGACAUCAAAGCUCUGUAUCUACCAAGUCCUACACAUCAUAAUAGGGUUUCCAGCCCAAGAGAGGAUGACGAAUACAUAUCUUUACUAAAAGCUCAAGAACCUAGCGCAUUAGAAAUAGCAGCUGAACAAAUGAGAAUAUGGCCGACACUAUCACCUGAAAAACAACGCGAGCUAUUAGCCAGUGAGGAGUCGACGCUGUACAGUCAGGCCAUUCACUAUGCUAAUCGUAUGGUGUACCUGCUGCUGCCGCUGGAGGGCGCCGGGAGAAGGGACGUCCGGGAUGACGACAGGAACAGCAAUAGCAUCACCAACAGUGUAGCUGAAUCUGAUAGUGCAGAUGCGGAGUCGGGAUUCGAGGAGGCUGAUCCCGGAGAGGCGGGGAACAAUGUUAUUAAGAUGGUAUCGAGAUUCGUUGACAAGGUGUGUACGGAAGGCGGCGUGACGGCGGAGCACGUGCGCUGUCUUCAUCAGAUGAUACCCGGCGUCGUUCACAUGCACCUGGAGACGUUGGACGGAGUGGCCAGGGAGAGUCGGCGGCUUCCACCCGUACAGAAGCCUCGGAUAGCGUGGCCGACCUUAGUGCACGGCGAGGCCAGUGCGGGUGGCGCCCUACGCGCGGUGCUGCUCGCUGAUGGCCGGAGUGCUGCACUGCCGCAGCUGCUGCCAGCCGAGGGAGCGCUGUUCCUCACCAACUACAGGCUGCUGUUCAAAGGAGUUCCUGUCGACCCUUACGCAUGCGAGGCGACGGUGGUCCGCUCGUUCCCCCUGAGCGCCCUCACCCGCGAGAAGGGUGUCCGCGCCGCGCCCGCUCACCUGGAGCACGCGCCUCAUGACGCCUUGCAGCUCAGGGCUGCCACCUUCCAGCUUAUUAAGGUGGCGCUGGACGAGGAGGUGAGCAGCGAGCAGGCGGAGUCGUUCCGUAAGGCGGUGUCUCGUCUGCGGCACCCUCCCCACCCCCUGCUGCACUUCGCCCUCGCGCCUCGAGCUGCACCCCCCAGCGACCUCGCUCAGCCUAAACACCACACACUCAAAGGAUUCGCCAAAAAGACUCUCCUGAAGACGGCUCGUCGUGCCGGGUUGAAGCCCAAGCCAUCCAAGCGACAGAAGUACGUGCUGCCGGCGGACGCUCGGUCAUUGACUUCGCCACCCCUCAUGGCUUCGCUCUCAGCUGAUACAUUGUCCUUGGAGGAGUUAGAGUUGGGUGGUGUGAGUCCUGAGGCGGACGCGUGUCGUUCCCUCGAGCGUGUCCGGGAGAGAAUGUACGCUAGGGACUGGUCCCGGGUAGGACUCGCCGCCGCGCCCUUCAGACUUGCUCACGCUAACGCACUCUACACACUCGCCAGGAGCUACCCGGCCGUGGUGGCGGUCCCGGAGUCGGUGUCCGACGAGUCUCUGCGCCGCGUGGCGAGGUGCUACAGACAGGGCCGGCUGCCCGUGCUCACCUGGAGGCAUCCCAGGACCAGGGCGAUACUGGCCAGGUCGGCGGCGUCUCACCACAAGGGCGUCAUGGGCAUGUUGAAGAGCUCCAGUCAUCAGACACCUGCUCCGAGCGGCACAGAGACUAACUCCAGCUUAGAACAGGAGCGCUACCUAUCGACACUAGUAGCUUUGACACCAGCUGCUCGCGGUGAGCUGGACGACUCCAGCCUAAGUCUGGACAGCUUGCUGCUGUGCUGUGAGGAUAGUCACGUCAACCACACACCGCUGCUCACUAAGGCGGCUGGAACCUUGGGUGUCCUGGGUCGUGGUAGUGGGGGCAAGGGCGCCGGCGGACGGCACUUCGGUCGGUGGGGCUCCCUCAAGGAUCGGCGACACGCCUCACACCUCGAACUGUACACCCCGCGACAAAGACUCUCCACAGCUGACCUUGACUCCGUAUCUGGUGAAGGCGGUAAUUCCCGCCGCGCGGCCCUGUACGUGUUCUCGGAGAAGGGCUCGGGUGCUCCGUGUGCGGGGGCGGAGCCCGUGCCAGUGGAGUACCCGGACGCUCGAGCCACAAAGCACGCUUUUAAGAAGUUACUACGGGCCGCCGCCCCCUCAGCCCCCGGGACCGAUGAACCAGGAUUUCUAAGGCUGGUGGAGGAGUCGGGCUGGUUGUGGCAGCUCCGCCAGCUGUUCCAGCUGUCGGGGGCGGUGGUGGACCUGCUGGACGUGCAGGCCGCCUCCGUACUGCUGUCACUGGAAGACGGCUGGGAUGUCACCGCACAGAUAUCAUCUCUCGCUCAAAUAUGCCUUGACCCCUACUACCGGACCUUGGAAGGCUUUCGGAUCCUAGUCGAGAAAGAGUGGCUCGCUCUUGGACACAAGUUCCAACAGCGCUCCAACCUGGCCGCUACACCUCAGCAGGGAUUCACUCCCACCUUCCUCAUGUUCCUGGAUGCCGUUCAUCAGCUCCAGAAACAGUUCCCGCUGGCGUUCGAGUUCAACGAGUACUAUCUCCGUUUCGUGGCGUACCACAGCGUGUCGUGUCGCUUCCGAACGUUCCUCUUAGACAGCGAGGCUCAGAGAGUGGAGCUGGGACUCGCGCCGGGACUCGAGAGGAGGCCUGACGCUUCCAGGCUGGGUGUGGAUACAGGAGGAACAGGGGGUGCGGUGGGAGGUUCCGGGGAGUCAGAGGAGGCGCGCUCAGCGCUGGGGCUGUUCGAGUACAUAGAGAGACUUCAUCAACGAGCUCCGCUGUUCUAUAACCUGCUGUACACACCCGACCUGGACAACCCGGUGUUGCGUCCAGUGAGUGCCGUCAGUAGCCUGGAGGUGUGGGAGUACUACGUGAGCGAGGAGCUGUCCCACGGAGCGCCCUACGAGCCCGACCUGUGGGGGGACGAGCGCGGAGCCCCGGCACAGAGAAGACUGGUCGUGGCCGGUUAUGACAGUAUAUCGCGUUGUAUGCCGGACGCUUUCACCGGUCUUUUGGAGCGACUGAGACAGCUAGAGCUGGAGCUGGGACACCUGCCGCAGAAGUGGAGGGUCAGGUGGGAGCAGCUGGAACUACCCAAUACACUGGAGUUACAGCGAAAUUCUUCGAUGUGUAGCGGAGUGGUGAGACGGGCCACGGCGGCGGCUCACAGGCGGUGCACGCGGGAGGUGCUCGCUCGCGGACGGCUGGCGGCGGCGCCUCCCGCGGGUGCUGCGCCCCUUCACCGCUGGGCGCCCGCGCCCGCCGCCGCGCCCGCUAGAUGCGACCACUGCUCAGAUCUGCUAUGGGGUCCCCUAGAGACGGGUGUGCGGUGUGUGGACUGCGGCGCGGCGUGUCACGAACGCUGUGCGGAGGCUCUGGCGCUGUCCUGUACACGGUACAAGGCGCCGCCACCUGACAGAGAGAGGGACAGGCCCGUGGGAGCUGGUGUGGCGACCCUGCAGCCGUCGUCCCAGCAGUGUUACGAACAGUUCUCCAGUAACGUUGCCGAGAAUAGGACGCACGAAGGACAUCUGUACAAGAGGGGAGCUCUGCUCAAGGGGUGGAAACAGAGAUGGUUCGUGCUGGACUCCAUAAAGCAUCAGCUGCGCUACUACGACGCUAUGGAGGAUUCGCAUUGCAAGGGGUUUAUAGAGCUGUCGGAGGUGCUCACGGUCUCCCCCGCGCCGGCCGCGCCCGGCCCGCCCAAGAAGUGUGACGACCGCUCGUUCUUUGACCUUCGUACGAGCAGACGGACGUACAACUUCUGCGCGAGCGACGCCAAUGCAGCGCAGGAGUGGAUCGAGAAGCUGCAGGGCUGCUUACAGUGAACGACACCGACACGGCCCGACACGACACGACACCGACACGCUGUACCUGUGCCGUGCCGUGACCUAUCAUUCGAUUUCAAUAAACUAUUAAGAAUGGUUUAAAAAUAUUUCUGUCACCAUGAUAUUUUAUAUAAAUAAUUUGGACACGUUUAUGUUUUAGAGUAUAACAAAUUAUUCGAAUACCUUUAAAAUAUUGAGAUUUGUUUUUCAUUCGUUCGUUUGUUCCGCAGCGUUCCGUUAGUCCGUCCCUGACAAACCUUCGCAUCUGAAUUCGCCCGGUUCUUAUUGAUAUUAUUGUUAAGAUAGUAAAACGACUACCUCCGCAGAGCGCAUGUCUUAGAUGAACGAGAUAUUGUUACGUGUUCACCGAUCUGCUCAGUUUUAUAAGAAAUUAAUUGAUAUUGUUAAAAAAAAUCUAUCUUUAUGAUUAAAUGUUCUGAACAAAAGAGCAAAUCACAGAGUCUAUCAUGACGGCUGUUGGCGCAGAGGUUUACGAGACGUUUGUGACCUUUCAAUAUGUGUAGUGACUGUAGUGUUAGGGAGUAGUCCGUGAUAAGACAUUCAAUGCAUUAUAGUACUGAAUCGAUUAUCCGUAUGUGAGAUCUCGCUCAGUGACAUAUGUAGAGAGGGCUUCUUAAUGUUGUCAUAACACUAUACACGGGGACGUUACCGUUGGUUCCGUAUACAAUCUUAAGAAACCCGCGCGUAGUUGUGUAAUGUAUUAUUGUAUUGUAGCUAGUUUAUGACAGAAAUAAUAAAUUGUUACGUUGGUUCUUUUGUAAAUAUUUUAUCUUAAUUAUUGUUGUGUAAAGACUUCUGUUCCAUUAUGUAUUUUACAUUUGAUUGUUCUUUUUUAAUUAUAUGAUUGUGACCUGUGACAUGUGACCUGUAAUGUGUGCACUACCUUCAUCACAGCGGAUGUGCGACUCGUCCUGUACGAGAUGUUGAAUCUCAUUGUAUCGUUACUCGUUCGUUUUGUAAAUAUUUUAUGAAUGUUUGUGUUAACAUAUCAAAGUUAGGGCGACCGAAGGACUGUUCGUUGUCUGUUUACUUUAUUUGUAAAGAUUUUUUGUAAUAUAUAAUAAUAAUAAUAUGAUUUGGUGCAUUUUUACAGUUACGUUAUUUUGUUACCGCGAGCUCGUGUUCAGUCUACUGACGAUGACUUCUCAUCGGAAUGAUAAUAAUUAAAUUAUAUAAAUAUCUAACAUAUUUUUACAUCAAACCACACGGACAUUAAACGAGUGACUGCUAGAAUUUUAUUCCGUUACAGGCCAUGAUGUAUUAGUAAAACAAAUACUUUAAUAUAUAUGUGUAGUAGACUAUGUUACGGUCAAUGGAUGAAGUGUGCAGAGAGUGGAGGGAUUUGUAUCAGCUUUGACGUGUCGAGCGUCGAGUUUUUGAACAGUCUUAUUUCAUUACUUUUGAUAUUGAGAGUAAAAAUUGCGAAAAGUAUUUAAUGAUGAUUAUGAAACAAGCCUUAUGUUACGAAUAAUGUCUAUAUAUUAUAUUGAAGCUGUGUAGCGUUCGUCAACACUACUGCUAGCUUUGCUUGGACGCCCCGGACUCGAACAUCGAAACCUGAUGCUGUACGAUUUUAAUAUUUUGCGGAUUCUAUGUACAGCUUAUGAUAUUUAUAAAUGUGUAGGGCGUCGGGCUCUCCGUAUCCUGUAUCAGUGCACUGCGUACAAUCUAAAUAAAUAUUUUAAAAUUA